AUGUUGAAAUCAAUUAACUAAGCCUUAAGAGGAUAUGAUAACUUUGGUGUGCCUUUAAGCCUUAAUAUCAAUAAAUAAUAGGAGUAUAAGAGUGUUUGUGGAGGAGUAUUGUCAGUUAUGAUGACAGUUGUACUGAUCUACAUUCUUGUUUCUGGCUUGAUUGGUGUAUUUAAUAGAGAUACCUAUACCGUAAAAAUAAUAAAAACUAUAAUAGAUUGAAGUCUAAUAACUUUAGGAUAUGGAUCCAGAUUUAAAGGAGAUGAAUAGCAAUAACUUUAUGUUUGCAAUAAAACUAGAUAAUCCGUUUGCAGAUUAUUUUCCAAAUUUGAAUAAGACAGCCUUUAACAUCUCAAUGAAUCAAGUUUAUAUAGAGACAACUCCAUCUGGAAAAAGAACCAAAAGAAUAACAAAGUCUUAUAUGUUAGAAAGUUGUACAACUGAUCAUUUUCCUUCAAUAAAUUUUGAAGAAUUUCAUUAGGUAGAGAAUCAGUUAAACCACUAUUUAUGCUUACCAAAAGAUUAUUAAUUAUGGUUAUAAGGAACUUACAGUUCAUAUAUUAUGUAGUAUCCUAAAUUAUCAGUUUCCUUAUGCAAAUCAGAGAAUUGUUAUUCAGAUUCAGAAAUACUGGAGUUAUCUAAAAAUGCAUCAGUUAUGGUCUCUCUUUCAACCAUAAUUUAAUCUGCAAUUUUCUUGGCUAAUUAAACAGAUUAUCCGUUAUAUUAAUAUUUGAAUUCUGAUUUCUUUUUGGCUACAAAUUUCGAUGCAGAAUCAACUGCUGACAUUUUCUUUGAAUCAAAUAGAAUAGUGAAUUAGAAUAGCAUUUUUAGUUUUUAUUAAGAUGAUGAGAUAAUUGAUUAUUGGGUUUUUCCAAUUUACAGUUAUAGGGAAAUUAAAGUAAUUAUUUAUCAUAUAAAAGACAUUUAAUAAUAUUCCCAGUUCAUUAUUUUCAGUUAAUUUUAGAUUAAGUUAAGAAUUUCAAUAGACAACAAAGAAAGUUAAUACAAUUGAUUAAUUCUUAUCAUACUUUGGAGGUAUGCUUAAAAUAAUUUCAUCUAUUUUUGGCAUUGUAGCUUUAUAAUAUAAUUAAAUGGGUUUAAGAUUAUCUUUAGCUAAUUCUCUUUAUUAAUUUAAUAUACCAUAAAAGAAAAAUGGUAAGAUAGAGUUUACAUAUGACAAAUUGUUAAGUUAUAUUUAAAAAUAACUUAAUAAAGUUGAUGAAACAAUAAAUAAACUUAAAAAUCAUACUUUAAAUCUUGUAAAAAUGAAUAAGAUAACAAGAGCUAUAACUAUAAGACAUUAAUCUAAUCCUACAUAAUAAAGUGAUAAGAAGAAUUCUAUUUUAAUUGAUUAACCACUUCAUUAAGAUGAUAUUCAAAGAUAAGCUAGUAGUCUAUUAGAAGUUAAAGAAUCUUUUUUAAAGGAUUUGUUUAAUGAAAUUUUUGAAUAAAGACAUAAAUUAAAGUUAGGAAUCAACUUUUUCUUUUAUUAACUUCUUUGUUGUACUUGUGUAGAAAAAAUAAGAGUGACACGUAAAAUGCUUUAAUAAUGUGAAAAUGUUAUACUCUAAGAUUUAGAUAUUGUAAAUAUUCUUUAGAAAUUGUAAUAAAUUGAAAAAUUGAAAUAAGCACUUUUAGAAAAGGAUUAAAUCAAAGUUUUUAAUUAUACUCCUAAACCAAUUGUAAAUGUAGAACCAAAUUACAAAUUCAAUCAUAAUUAAGAAGGAGAUCCAAAUUUUCUAUUUUAAUAAGCUAAUAAAUAAAAAUAUAAUAGAUUGAUUAGAAGCAAAAAUUAUCAUAAUCCAAGAAAAAUGGUUAAAAUAUAUCAUUCCUAUUCAAAAUUGAAAGACAAUUCAGAUGUAGUAAAUUAAAGAAUUAUAUAUUUAAUGGGUCCAGCUAUGGAAUAAAUAUUUAAUAAGUAUUAUGAAGUGUAAACAUAUUAUGAUCAUCAUAAAAUUCAUUAAGAACCAUAAAAUUAAAAUGAAUAAUAUCCUUAAAUGACAGAAAAAUUAAUAAGUGAUAAUGCAUCUCCCUUACCUUAAACUGAGGAUAAUGAGAAAAAGAAUAAUUUUUCAAAAGGAAAAAUACAUCUUCAACUCAAACCUAAAACAUUAAAUGAUAAAGAUAAUUAAUUUUUUGAUUAAUGA